CACGACCAAGAGUAAGGCCGUGACAGUUGGUAUCAGAGCCUGGUUCUGAAAGAAGAACCGGUGUCCUCACUCCCCAAGAAGGAAGAUAAGAAAGAGCGAGAGCCUCACCAAAGAUGACUGGAUCAGAAGUCCACGACGAUGCGGAGAGGCACCGUGGAAGGGAUACCGUGAAGAAUCCCAAACCAAAGGGUGACAAGUCAAGCACUCGUGAUCCUAUGACGUCUCUAGAGAGGCGUGUCUCUAGAAUGGAGGUGAAGUUGGCGGAAGACAUCAGUGCCAUCGAGGAUUUGGGAGCGAACUUCACCCAAGUCGAAAGCGAUUUUCAAGGUAUGAAUGCUCGUUUGUCGAGCUUGGAGAUUGGUCAUGAUGGCAUACGAGAAGAGCUUGUGGCCCUCAUCAACAACACCAUCAACACAUCCUUGAACAACGCCAUUGAAGUUGUGAAAGAGCAUGUCCAGGCUGAGCUGGUCGGCGUGAAGGAGGAGACUGCAGACCUCAAGAGUGAGGUCACUCUCGUGAAGAGAGCCAUGGCUAACGGACCUGCCAUCGCACAACCUACCUCAACCAUGGAGAUUCCUAGACCAAAGAGCUUUCAAGGGUCGAGGAAUGCAAGGGAGUUAGAGAACUUCCUAUGGAGCUUGGAGCAAUACUUCGAAGCUUCGGGUAUUCGAGAUGAGAAUACCAAGGUAAAAACUGCACCUCUUUACUUGAGUGAUGUUGCCAUGCUGUGGUGGAGAAGGACCCAAGGUGAUAUCAAUAAAGGGGCGUGCGUGAUGGAGUCAUGGGAUGACUUCAAGAGGGAGAUCAAGAGGCAAUUCUACCCAGAGAAUGUUGAGUUUGAAGCCCGGUCGAGACUAAGGAGGCUUGCUCACGAAGGAGAGAUUCGAGGGUAUGUGAAAGAGUUUUCUGAAUUGUUGCUCGAGAUCCCCGACUACACCGACAAGGAGGCCAUGUUCACCUUCCUUGACGGCCUCCAACCAUGGGCGAAGUUGGAGCUACAACGGCAAGGCGUGCAAAGUCUUGCCGAGGCAAUGGCGAUUGCCGAGUCCCUAGUCGAGUACCACGAGCCGGAGGAACGUGCGGAGUUCGGAGGCAAUGGAGGUGGACGCGACUAUGAUAGAGACACACGAAGGCGUGGUAGACCGGACCAAGGAGGUAGUAAUAAGGUUGAGAAACCACUUACUUGCUUUCUUUGUGAUGGUCCACAUCGUGUGAGAGAUUGCCCAAGAAAGCACAAGUUGUCGGCAAUGAAGGCCGUACUGGCAGAGUGCUCGAGCUCGGAAGAGGAAGCAGAGGAGACUCCAAGAGUGGAGCCCCAUGUCGUGAAGAUGGGUUGCAUGAAGAGAUUGGGCGCCAUAAAGCGGGCGGAAGAGCCUCUCCAACCCGAGCAGCACGGCCAAUGCUUCGUAGAGGCGAAGCUCAACCAAAGGAAAACAAAAGCCUUGGUUGAUACUGGGGCAAGUUGCAACCUUCUUGACGUAGGUGAAGCGCAGAGGCUAGGCAUCACGUACGAGAAGAAGCAAAGAGGGUGGAUGAAGGCUACCAACUCAAGGGCCACAAGAACUCAUGGAGUAGCGCGCCAAGUGCCACUCAAGCUUGGAGGAUGGACCGGGGUGGCGGACUUUGAGGUUGUGUCGUUGGAUGAUUAUCAGGUCAUCAUCGGCACGGAGUUCAUGGUGCGGGAGAAAGCUUUCCCGAUUCCCUACGCCAAUAGAUUCUGCAUCAAUGGCGGAGCAAGAUCGGUUCCCAUGACAAGAGAGCAACUCGAGUCAAACAAGAGGUGUUUGGCAAGGCAAGAGCAGCGAGAAGUGGCAACGAUGGUGGAGGCAGAGACUCACUCGAAGACUCGUUGGAGAAGGACGAGAAGGAGGAGUGCACAACAUCGUGGAGCCAUGAGAGACGAGGAUGUAUCAUCUUCGACUUGCCAAGAGAAGCAAGAAAAGGCCACCAUGAUCGAGAAGGUGGGACACUCAAAGACGCGACGGAGAAGACCGCGGAGGAGUGAGCAACAUCAUGGGAGCACAAGGCUCGAGAGCGAGCCAAGGCCAUCCUUGGUUUGGAGGAAGGUGCAACGAGACCUUGCAAGCAAUGAAGCUAAGGCAAGGGAGGCGUCUGCCGAAGAGCCACGACGAGGGCGUCGUGGAUUGAGUGGAGGAGAAUGUCACCAACGAGGCUCAAGAGUCGAAAGAGGCUGCUCGAGGUCGAAGGAGGCAUUUCGUAGCAAGGACGCGACGAGGGCGUCGCGAGCAUAGGUGGGGGAGGAUGUCACAUGUGGCAGAUGACAUGGCGCCAACAAGGUGACAACAUGGCGGCUGCACAUGUGGCGUGUAUGGAAGACUAGUAGCAUAGAGAUGCUCCUAGGAUUCUCCACCUAAAUGAGAGCUUAAUGGUGCACUUAUGAGUCACAUAAUGGGUGACAUUUAUAGAGUGCAUAAUGGGGGGGACUUAAUGGGUGUAUUGAUGUAGUAGAGGGACAUUAUGAGGGGCAUUGAUGCCUUGUAUGAGGAGAGGCCUAUAUAAGGAGCCAUCUCCCUCACUUGUAACUCAUCCAUCAUUUUUGUGAGCAAUACAACUAUAGAGUUCUCCCAUCUUCUUGUGUCUUGUUCUUGUGAGUUGAGUGAGUUUGAGAGCUUGUGAGAAGGCUGCCUAGCAUCUCUAACGGAAUCGAGAGCUAGGGCCGCACGACCAAGAGUAAGGCCGUGACAAGACCCGUUGAAGGACACUUCGGGGCCGUCGCUCAACAUUCUGAUCAAGCUCAUGGCUGUGGAGUCGCUGGUGUUCGCGCCGUUCUUCGCCACCCACGGUGGCUUGCUGUUCAAGCUAUAAACAACGAUCAAUGGAUUGGAAGAGAAGGGAAGGGAAGGGAAGUGGGUUACUUGAGGAACAAUUUACCGAGAGGAUUGGUGUUUUGUUGUUGUAGGGUUCAGUGUCAGUUUGUAGGAAAAUCAUUUUGUAUACCCCUUUUAACUAGUUUAAGCCUUUGAUGACGGUUUUGGUAUUAAUAUUUGUGAAACUGUAUCGGUUUGAUCUAAUUAUAUUUUUUUUUAUUUUAUGAAAGGCUAAAUUCAUAAGUAAUUUUGGCAGUAUGAAAUAGUUAAAAUUGCAUUUAAAUUACCAUUUCAAUAUUGUUGAUUUUUUCAUUAAAAACUCUAAUACAUUCUCACGAUUCUUGAUUUCUACUCUUCUUUCUUACCUCUUAUAUGUAUAACUUUCACGUGAAAAUUUUACUGACCUUAACAGAAAUGCCACACCUAGGCCGCGCGCCCCACUUCUUCCUCGUCAGUCGUCACCGCCAUCUUUCUAGAGGUUCGUUGCCUUUUCACAUACGGGUAGUGCAGCAGCUGUGAUUUGCUAUGCCUUCCGAAUUUGUUUCAACAACCCUUGGAUACCUAUAAACUCGUGGGGUACCCAGUUAGUUGGGUUGGGCUUGCGAUUUCCGAACUUGCUCCGUAUUUUUGCCUGGUUUUUCCAUGGGUAUAUCAUUUUAGCAAACCCCAACUCAACCCGAUUCAAAUUUUAGGCCAGUGAAAAUGAUAGAGUGGCGAUAGAGAGAGAAGUGACGAGCAAGAAGGGCCCAUAACUAGUUAGCCUAGACAUGCCUUCCUCCAUCAAAUCCAUUUUACAUGGGCUUGUAGCCCAAUGGGGUUCCCAAUAGCAGCAGGCCCUUUCCCCCUCUCCACCUUAACCGAGCCCGAGCAGAGAGCGGAAAAAGAAAAUUAAAAAUAUAAAUAAUCCUUGAUCUCUGUUCCCCCAUCUCUCAUUCCAACCAGACUCGGGGGGGCUCUGAAAAUCUCAAAUCGCCCUCAAACCCCUAAACACAAAAAUCCCCGACGCUUCGUUACCGCCAUCGCCACCUCAACCACCGUCGGCAUCGCUCUCCAAGGUUAGUUCCCUCCACCACCUCCUCCUUGUUUUUCCGCCACUGCGAGAUCGGCUCUGUUGAACGGAUCGGAGGUGCGUUUUUCCCUCUGCGAUUGUUUCUCAGAAUUAAUUUGUGUAUCCGUUUACUGGCAGGUCGGUCGGAGAGGUUUUGAUUGUGUUGCGCGCCAUCAUCAUGUCGAAUUUUGGAGGGCUGGAGAACACUGCUAAUCCAGGUUACGUACUUUCCCCCCCUUUUGUGGAUUUUUCUAUUUCACCGAUUUGAACAUUCCGCCUUAAUUUCGCAAUUCCUUGCAUCAAAAAAUUUCCGUGUUGGUUUCUAUAGUCGCCGGAGAAUCUAGCUAGGUCGUUGUUCAGUGUCUUUCCCCGUGGAAUUUAGGAAAUAGUAAUGCCUGCUAGCCUGUUGAUGAGGGAUGCUUUGUUUGUUAGUUUGAUGCUCUCCCCUCCUCCUCCUCCUGUUAUUUCACUGUCUCCUUCCAUUGUUAUGAUUUAUGUUAGGUUUUCCGGUAUUCUUAUAUUCUAACUAAUUGAUCUCAAACUUGGAUGCAGAGUGGGACGGGAGGACAAGGGAAGAAGAAAUCGCUUGGAGAAAGGAGAUGCUGGCAAAGGGAGAUUUAGCUUGGCUAAAAGAGAUGCUGGCUAAACUGGUCAAGUGGCAGGCGCAAGAGAAGAAAGAGCUGGAAGAGGCACGCCUAGAUUAUGGGGAUCCCAGAGAUGAUCCGGCGGUCCGUGGAGGUAGUGGUGGUGCUGCUGCUGGUCCGAGAGAGUAAGGGACACUACUAUUAUUAAACAUAUUCUCUAGUUUGCAACUCAUUUGUUGUUUUAUGUUAAACAUUAUGUUAUAGUAAAACCAUUCUUCUUUAUUCCCAAUUAUUUUCAAAACCUAACAAUUAAACUCAUUCGAGUUAUCCUUAAUUUGAAUUGAUUUUAUAGGUAUAGUGCAAGAGUUGAAAGAUUCUUUCAAGUUUGAGUUACAUCAGGAACAAGGUUAGAAAUCGAAUAUGCAAUCAGUUCAUGAAUUAUUGUCUAAUAUUGUAUAUUUGCACUAGUCGAAUAUUUUUUUGAUUUAUGAAUUAUUUAAUUUAAUUUUUGGAAGAGGACAUCCAUAUAAAAAUUUCCUGGAUCCGCCUGUGACCUAAGUAUAUCUAAUCUAACUUUGGGUUCAUGGGUUUGAUCUUUUUCCCUUGUGUAUGCAAUUUGACCAAUCCAUAAAGAAUUUCCUUUCUCAUAAAAAAAAACAAUAGCCGAUUUUGAAUUCCUUAAUCUCUUAAAUCAUAAUUGCAAAUAAAAUAACUCUCACUGCAUAAUUAAGAAGAUAAACUAUGCCGAGAAUGAAUAAACCCUAAUUUUUCAUGUUCGGUUUCUAACAAAAUAUAAUCUAAUGAACAAAAUAUGAUCAUAGACAGAGUAGAUAGAUAGGCAUUGCUUUUGUGACCUCAAGUAUAUCUAAUCUUAACUCUGGGUUCUUGGUUUUGAUGUUUUUCCCUUAUGUGUGCAAUUUGACCAAUCCAUUUCGCCCAUUUUGCAGAUUCUUAUAUUCUUAAUAUGGCAUGGCUGGAACGCGAGAUCAAAACUUUAUUUUCAAAAUUUGCUCUCAUCCCUCUCUACCUUUCCCCUCUCCGUGAAGCUCUUCAGGGCAGCUGCCGGCAUCUCUUGGUGACUGGCGGUAGCCCAUCCUCUCUCCUUUCUUCCUGCUUCCUAUAUUUGCUUGUCUUUGAUUUUGAUGUUUUUCACUCUACUUUUCCAGCUUUCAAGCUUUUUAAGUCAUUCUUGGCAUUUCGCUCCUCUGUUCUAAGGUUUUUGUUGGGAUUUGCUCUCCUUUGAGGCUGGGUUAUGCAUCUUGGGUCUUCUCUCAUGAUGGUCGGCUUAUCAACUUUUGUGGUGAAUCGAUUCUCUGGUUUUCCCCUUCGUUCUUCCCAGGUGGUUGUUCUGCAUCUAGGUGGCCGACGGAGGAUGGAUUGCAGAGUCUAGCCUUGCUGCUCGUGGGUUCAGUUCUUUGAUCUGGGGAUCUGGGUUCUUCUGUUUUCCUUGACCAAGUCUUGGAGCCUCCUCUUCCCCUGCCUUUUCAGCUCGGAGCAUUUCGAUCCUCAUCUCUGUCCACCGCCAUGUAAUCUCUCACCCGUGAUUCACUGUGUUGAGCGUCUUUGAGCGACUCCCAGGAGGCGGCUUAUGACAUUGUGUUCAAUCGUCAUGGACUCGGUCGGAUCGACGAGCUGAUUGCGCUUGGUGCUACUUCGUUUGUUUUGAUUGCAAGAGAGCUUUCAGUGUUUACUGCUUCUGGUUCAAGUGUUUCAGAUCCUUUGUUGGAUGACUCCUUCUGAGUUUUGUGCUCUUCUUGUUGUAUUUCUGAAGCUCAGAUUGAGCAUUUAUGUGCUUUUGUUUUUCUGUCCUUGUUCUAUUUGAUUUGCUUUGUUGGUUCUCUUGUAAUUGAUCAUUCAAAGUGCAAUGCAAGUAUUCCCAUUGUAAAAAAAAAUAUAUAUGGCAUGGCUGAAAUUUUUGGGGCCAUAGGAUAAUGGUAUCGUUGAGAAAAAGAUGUAAACGAAUAAAAAACAGAAUGAAAAGUAAACAAGUUUUCUCAUUUCGGUUGCCAAAUUUAUCACAUGAAAACAGGAAACGAAAAUGGAAGUGAACAGGGCCUAAGUAAGAGGUCCCAUCACUUUUGCUUUUCAAUAAUCACAAAGAAUAAUAAUAUCUAUUUGUUGUGUUUGAAACUCCAAUCCAUGCUAAUAAUUGACAAACCAAAAGUGUAUGUGAGAACUUAUUCAUAAUAUCAUCGCAUUCAUAGAAUUGCGGAUGAUUAUAGAACAUCCGCCUUCGAUUUGACGGAGCUAAAGUUUUGUGGGCCACAAUUGCUACUCGAUCUUUCUUGCUUGUUUUGCUUUUUGUCGGAUGAAACAUUUAGGUGAACCAAUGUAACUUAAUUGUCAAUAAUUAAGUUAAAAUAUGGGA